UCGUUAACAAAUUCUCUCUAUUUUGUUUCAGUUAACCAGAUCUUACUGUUACUUCUUAUAUUAACUGUGUGUGCAAUUCUGUACAACAAAGUUCACAAAGCACCAUCUGCCUUAAGGAAUGAAGCAGAUGACUUGGAGAGUCCUAAGGAAAUGGAGGAAGAAAUCCCAGUUGUAAUCUGCGCUGCUGCAGGCAGAAUGGGUGCAACUGUAGCAGCAAUCAGUAGCAUCUACAGCAACACAGAGGCUAAUGUUUUGUUCUACAUAGUUGGACUGAAGAACACCAUCCCACAUAUUCGAAAAUGGAUUGAAAAUUCUAAACUAAAAGAGAUAAAAUUUAAGACUGUGGAAUUCAACCCCAUGGUACUGAAAGGAAAAAUCAGACAAGAUGCAUCCCGUCCUGAGCUACUACAGCCUCUGAACUUCGUUCGAUUUUAUCUUCCUUUGCUUAUCCAGAAACAUGAGAAAGUCAUAUAUUUGGAUGAUGAUGUCAUUGUUCAAGGUGACAUUCAGGAACUCUAUGAUACAAGGCUGGCUCCUGGCCAUGCUGCGGCUUUUUCAGAUGAUUGUGAUCUCCCUUCCACACAUGAGAUGGUUAGAAGUGUAGGGAUGCAGAACACAUACAUGGGAUUCCUGGACUAUAGAAAGCAAGCAAUUAGAGACCUCGGCAUCAGCCCCAGCACCUGCUCCUUUAAUCCUGGGGUAAUUGUUGCUAACAUGACUGAAUGGAAAAAUCAGCGGCUCACAAAGCAGUUGGAAAAGUGGAUGCAAAGAAAUGUAGAGGAAAACCUCUACAGCAGCACCCUUGGGGGAGGUGUGGCGACCUCUCCAAUGCUGAUUGUAUUUCACGGGAAGCAUUCCACUAUCAAUCCUAUGUGGCACAUACGGCAUCUCGGUUGGAGUCCCGAUACCCGGUAUUCAGAGCAUUUUCUUCAAGAAGCUAAAUUACUUCACUGGAAUGGGAGAUAUAAACCUUGGGACUAUCCCAGCGUUCACACUGACCUCUGGGAAAACUGGUUUAUCCCUGACCCUUCAGGGAAGUUCAAAUUAACGCGUCCUGACAGCUGAUACUGAAAACACUUCAACAUAUUCAAACCUUUUGGUUUGCAGUAUGCAAAUAGUUGGCGAUGCAACACAUCAAAUCAUAUAACUAACUGAUUGUAGAAAAACGUUGCUUAAAUAUUGCCAUGAUGUGACUAUCAGUUUUUAGGGCUUAUGGGUGGUGUGUUAGUUACACAGUUCAAAAUUUUUUUUUACUUUCAAAUAAGGUGAGGAAACAAGUUUACUUUUGAGAUAUUUUCAUUAAAUAUUUACUGAGGUGAAUAUAAAGAAACACACAGAUAAUGCGUUUCAAUGUGAGGUCCAGUAUCUGCCAGGAGAAAAAAAUCUACAGAGGAAAUAACUUGUGAUACUAGAUACAAAGCAUCUUUAGUCUAUCAGCUGACAUGGAGCAGCUCAAAAUUAAAACUCAGGCAGCAUUUUAAUAAGUAGAAUUCAGCUGCAUGAUGAUCAUUUCGCAAAGUGCAA